AUGGCGGCCUGCAGUCGACUUUUCGGCACUCUAGGACGAACUUGUAGCCAUCAAGGGUUCUCAGUCACAGGAAGGGCGGUUGUCCAGCGGACACUAAAGACAGACUCAAAUGUAUCUAAUAGAAGCAAUUGUUUGCCUCAGAGGCAUGGUACAUUGGACAGAGGGCAACUCGAUGUCAGAAUUUUCCAGCAAAGACAUAUGUCUAACAAGAACUUCUUCCAAACUGUCCUUGAUAACAUCAAGCAAGAAAUGAAAAAGAGCAAAGAAAUGAAAGAAAGUAUUGCCAAGUUUAAAGAAGAAACACAGAAGUUGGAAGAAUCAGAAGCAUUGAAACAAGCCAGAAAAAAGUUUGAAAGCAUAGAAGAGGAAACAUUAAAGGGUUCAACUGCACUUAAGAAGAAGCUAGAUGACAUUAAGGAAAAAGUCUCUGAGACAGUUGAAGAGGCCCAGAAAACAGAAAUUAUCAAAAAAGGCAUUGAGACUGCUACAAGAGCUGCAGAGACCAUUCAGAAGUCUGGCCAAGCCAUUGGACAAAGUGAUGCAUUCAAACACAUCAGUCAGGGUGUGCGGUCUGCUAAAGAAGAGUUUGAUGAGAUCACCCUCUCAAGAGCUCGACAUUACAAGACACCAGUGGUAUUACAGAAAAGAUCUGAAUUAUCAGCUAAACCAAAAGACAACAAAGAUGUAGCAGCAGAUGAAUAUUCCACUGGUGUGGUUCUGCAUAAAGACUCUAGGUUUUAUCAAAGUUGGCAGAAUUUCAAGGAUAACAAUCCUUAUGUAAAUAAGUUAUUUGAUCUCAAAGUGAAGUAUGAUGAAAGUGACAAUGUAAUGAUUAGAGCAACCCGAUUUUUUACAGACAAAGUGGGACAGGUGUUUGGUGGGAUGUUCACGAAAACAGAAAUGUCAGAAGUCCUAACUGAGAUUUGUAAAAUUGACCCUAACUUCAACAAGGAGGCAUUUAUACGUCUGUGCGAAAAAGAAAUAAUACCUAACAUAUUAGAGGCAAUGGUUAGAGGUGAUCUAGAAGUAUUGAAGGAUUGGUGCUACGAGGCACCAUAUAAUGCACUAGCUCAUCCAAUUGAGAACGCAAAGAAGGCAGGGUACUACUUUGACUCCAAAGUUUUGGAUAUAAGUCAUGCUGAUGUUAUAGCUGGCAAAAUAAUGGAGCAAGGUCCAGUGCUGGUGAUUAAUUUUAAUUCUCAGCAAAUUAUGGUUGUUCGUGAUGCCAAAGGAAAAGUUGUCGAAGGAGAUCCAGAUAAAAUAUUACGCAUAUUGUAUGUGUGGGCACUGUGCCGAGAUCAAGAGGAGCUGAACCCACGGGCAGCUUGGAAACUGAUGGAUAUUUCUGCCAGCUCUUCAGAACAGUGGUUGUAA